CCCCCCCCGGCCUUUUACUGCGCUUUUAUCCGUGCGCUCCGUUUUCUCCACAGAAGCUGAGUUGCAGUACCGCGAGCCGCGCCGUGAAAAAAGAAAAAAAAAGUCACGAAUGAGAAAAAGUCGUGCGAUGCGAGUGUUACCGGGAGAAGCAGCGGGGUUGUUAGCGGACCCUUGCGCGCGCGUGUGAAGACGGAAACGCGGAUGUAGCACAUGGAUUGUUUGGGUCUCAGGUGUGCGACGCUGCUGCUGGCGGUGACGCUCGCGCCUCUCGUCACAGCACUUAAGUGUGUGUGUCAGCUGUGCGCGAAUCACACCUGCGAGACGGAGGCCGAGGGUGCAUGCUGGAACUCGGUGAUGCUCAUCAAUGGGAAGGAGGAGGCCGUAAAGUCCUGCCUGUCCCCCAGCGAGCUGAAGGGACAGGUGUUCUGCUACAGCUCCAAAGAUGUGUCAAAACGCAACUGCUGCUUCACUGAUUUCUGCAACAACGAAACACUUCACUUACGCCCAGAAACAUCCUCCGAGGACUCUGACUGGGGACGCCUCGAGUUGUCAGCUGUGAUCCUGGUGCCGUCCUGCCUGCUGUGCGUCGGGGUGUUUCUGGGUGUGUGUGCUGUCCGGAACCAGCGGUGCUUGCACGUUAAGAGCCGAAACCAGGAUCCAGAGGAGCCUCUGGAUGACCAGAGUCUCGUGUCAUCAGAGAAAUGCCUGAAGGAACUGAUUUAUGACAUGAGCACGUCAGGCUCGGGAUCAGGGCUGCCACUGCUGGUACAGAGGACAAUAGCACGGACCAUAGUGCUACAAGAGAGCAUCGGUAAGGGUCGCUUCGGAGAGGUGUGGAGAGGGAAGUGGAGAGGAGAAGACGUUGCCGUCAAGAUCUUCUCUUCCCGAGACGAACGCUCGUGGUUCCGCGAGGCCGAGAUCUACCAGACCAUCAUGCUGCGGCAUGAGAACAUUCUGGGCUUCAUCGCAGCUGAUAACAAAGAUAACGGUUCAUGGACUCAGCUGUGGCUGGUGUCGGAAUAUCAUGAACACGGCUCACUGUUCGAUUACCUAAACAGAUACACGGUGUCCGUGGACGGCAUGAUCGUCCUCGCACUGUCCAUCGCCAGCGGCCUGGCUCACCUUCACAUGGAGAUCAUCGGCACUCAGGGAAAACCAGCCAUUGCGCACAGGGAUAUAAAAUCUAAAAACAUCUUGGUGAAGAAGAACAGCACUGCGGUUAUCGCUGACCUGGGACUGGCUGUUAAACAUGACUCCACCACCAACACUGUGGACAUCCCGGCCAACCACAGAGUGGGCACCAGGAGGUACAUGGCCCCUGAGAUUCUGGAUGACACCAUUAACAUGAGCAGCUUCGAGUCGUUCAAGCGUGCUGAUAUCUAUUCUCUGGGUCUGGUGUUCUGGGAACUGGCUAGACGGUGUUCAGUCAGAGGGAUACAUGAGGAUUACCAGCUGCCUUAUUAUGACCUGGUGCCUUCAGAUCCAUCGGUGGAGGACAUGAGGAGGGUCGUGUGCGAGCAGAAACUUCGGCCCAACAUCCCAAACCAGUGGCAGAGCUGUGAGGCCCUGAGAGUGAUGGGUAAGAUCAUGAGGGAGUGCUGGUACACCAACUCGGCUGCACGCCUCACUGCUCUACGUGUGAAGAAAACCAUCUCUCAGGUGACGGUGCUCAAGGACGUUAAAGAGUAGCACACACACUACCCACUCAAAGGUGCUGACGAGCUUUGGGUGACCCCCUCCAUCCCUAAUCAAGGGACCACGUUUCAAAACUGUGUUUCGUGAUGCCAAACACUCCAGAGUGUAGCAGCGGAGCCUUCCCUCUGCCGAGGGACUGAGAGUUGAGAAGGACGCUGAUCUGCUCAGAUGAUUCUUGCUCAGCACGAACCUGGUUUCAAUUAGAGAAUGCAGAAGGUGCAGGGAGUUUGCAGAGAAACUGUGAACAUGUGUAUGAGCAAGAAUUCAGUCAGUAUCUGACUGACUGAACACUGCCUGUUUUCUCACUUCUUUCCUUAUCAUGUUUUUUUUCUCUUUGUCUCUGCUCUCUCUUUACAGCCUCUUAUCUCAUUUUGUCUCUCCUUUGGUGGCUUUUGGUGUUUUUCUACCUGCUGCAAAGUUGCAAAAAAACAAAAAAAAACAACAAUCACACGUACCCAAUCACCAGUUUUUCAGUAGCUUGAGAGAUAAUACGUGUUAACAAUCUUCACUUUGUUGAGUUGCCAGGUCAUAAUUUCAUUGACCAGCUUAUCAGGUUGAACUACAAUAUAGAUCACGUUUGUUGGUCUGAAAGGACUGGAUGUAGCUCACGUGCAGCUCUGCUGAAUUUCCCCUCCGUCAGUGAAAGGGACCACCAAAAGACCAAGACGCUUUUGAACAGAUGUUAUUUGAGUGCUGAAGCAUUUUCAGGAGAGCUGAGUCAGUGAUGUGGUAGAGUGUGUGGUCCUGGUAUGACUGUAUGAUGUGAAGCAGUGUUACCGGGGCUUUUAUAACUUCUCAAUGUCACUGCUGGAAGUCCACCAACCAAAAAUAUCCACCUAGCAGCCAUGCUUCACUCAGAACCUGACACUCCUGACAAAGCCCCCGGACAAUUAACACAAAACAUCGCAGGUGUACAAAGUUGUUUUCACAGCUUCCUUUGUUUCGUUACUGUUCCCAUGGCAACAAAGACCAUGCACUCGUGUUUGAAAUGAUUUGUUGUGGUCUCGUAUCCACUUUUCUUGUUGUUUUUUGUUCCUUGUUUGUUCUGUGCACCUGUUCCUGAUUUAGCCCAUGAUUAGUUUGUCUCUAAAUCCUCUGUUGAGUCACGUCACAUUGUGAAGUCUUGCCAUGCAUUAAUUCUAAACAGUGCUAGCUCAGUGGUUAAGAUGUUGGCAUAACUGGUGGAAAGGUUGCCACUGUUGGGCCCUUGAGUAAGGCCCUUAACCCUAUAACUGUAUCCUCAGAGGCAUGUUUCACAUUUUCUGUUUUUUUUUCAGAUUAUCAUUACAGAUUAUAACAGUGUAAUGUGAUUUGAUGCACGCUGUAAUUUUCUCUUAAAGACAUAUUAGUGUGUGUUUGUGUGUGUGUCCUGCAUGAUGAGCCACUUUCUUAUAAAGUGGCUCAUAGUGCUAAAACUCUCCCAUUUCACACUUUUUACAGGACCACACACUGCCUCUAUUGGUGCUGUUUUGAGAAUGAUCCCACACAUACACAGUAUCGGUGACGGUCACUUGGUGAUCUCUUUCCGCUGACGGACAGAUUAAAGGCGGCUGAUAGAUUGUGCAUAACCACAGAUGAGCUACUGUCUGUGUGAAACUUUCAUCUAUAUAAUGGGUGAGACUGUAAUAAUGUAAUGAAAUAGUCAGUUUUAUGUAGCUACAAGGAGCGCUUGCCUAAGAAAGUGGAAACCUGAUGAACACUCACCUUCCACUUUAUUAGGAACACAUGUUCAUGUGCAAAUUCUUUGUUUAACUUAAAACAGUUAUCUAAUCAGCCAAUCAUCGUGCAGCAGCGUAAUGCUUGAACUUUGCACAAACUGCUGAUCUCCUGGGAUUUUGACAGACCACAUGUCUCUAGAUUUUAAACAGAAAUAUGAGGAACAACAACAAGAAAAUGUCCAGGGAGCAGCAGUUUAGCACAGUGAGUGGAAACUGCUUGUAGAUGAGAGAGAAGAACGGCUAAACUGGGUCGAGCUUACAGGAAGGCUAUGUCGAGGCCAAGUCAAAUAAUCACUCUUUAUAUCAGUGGUGAGAAGAAAAGUAUCUCAAAAUGCACAACACACUGGGUUCCUCACCCAUCAGUCCAGAACAGGAAUCUGAGGCUACAGUAAGCACAGGUUCGCCCAAACUGGGCAGAUUGAACAAGACCAGUCAUUGUGCAGAUGUUCCUAUUAAAGUGCAUGUAUAUUAAAUCAGCUUGCUAUAUGUGUUAAAUGGAAGCACGGACAUUUACGUUCAGGUUAAACUCGUAUCUUAGCUCAUACUGUAGCAUUGUAACCCAUCUUCAUGGAGUGUCUUUAGAAACUGCAGCUGAAGCUUUACCUUUCUGCUCUUAUUGCUUUCAUUCAACUUUGCCAUACAAGCUGCACUCCCUGUACCAUUCAGAACACAAAGAUGACCGCUACCUCAUAUGCUUUCUCUAAAGUGCCAAAUGCUUCAAGUCUCACAUUUUAAGCAUUGUGCCAUAACUGCUUCGGUUGAUGUUAUGCGUACAUAACUGUAUUCUUUAUGUAUAUAUGGAUUGUUAUUGUUACUGAGCAAAACAUUCAUGAGCCAAUGGAUUUACUGAUUGAUUUUUGGAACCAAUAUCACUAUGGAUAAAUGAAUUGGCAGGUUAAUCAAAGCAAUCCAAGAACGAAACAAUGCAAUUUGCACCUUGAAUUUUUUAUUUUUAUUUUAUUUUUUUUGAAAGCAAUGCUUUAAAC